AUGCUGCUAAUCUGGACACUUUCGCUGUUGCUGGGAGCAGUAAUAGGAAGAGAAGUCUGCUUCGAAAGACUUGGCUGCUUCAGCGAUGAUGCCCCCUGGGCAGGAAUUAUAGAAAGACCCCUCAAAGCAUUGCCCUGGGAUCCAAAAGAUGUCAACACCCGCUUCCUCCUAUAUACUAAUGAAAACUCAGACAACUUUCAAGAAAUCAUUGCAGAUCCAUCAACUAUCUCGGCCUCCAAUUUCAAAACGGAUAGAAUAACCCGCUUUAUUAUUCACGGAUUCAUAGACAAUGGAGAAGAAAGCUGGCUGGUCAAUAUGUGCAAGAACCUGUUUCAGGUGGAAAGCGUGAACUGUAUCUGCGUGGACUGGAAAGGUGGCUCCCGAACUACGUACACACAAGCCGUACAGAAUAUCCGGAUUGUGGGGGCAGAAGUGGCAUAUUUUGCUGAAGUUCUUAAGUCAUCAUUUGGAUACUCACUUUCCAACGUCCACAUCAUUGGCCAUAGCCUGGGUUCCCAUGCCGCUGGGGAGGCAGGAAGGAGGACCAAUGGGACCGUUGGACGAAUCACAGGGUUGGAUCCAGCUGAACCUUGCUUUCAGGACACACCUGAACUAGUCCGAUUGGACCCCAGCGAUGCCCAGUUUGUGGAUGUAAUUCACACAGAUGCUGCCCCCAUGAUCCCCAACUUGGGGCUUGGAAUGAGCCAAACUGUGGGCCACCUAGAUUUCUUUCCAAAUGGAGGAGAAGAAAUGCCCGGGUGUCAGAAGAACAUUCUCUCUCAGAUUGUUGACAUAGACGGGAUCUGGGAAGGAACUCGUGACUUUGUGGCCUGUAAUCACUUAAGAAGCUACAAAUAUUAUUCUGAUAGCAUCCUCAACCCUGAUGGCUUUGCUGGAUUUCCUUGUGCCUCUUACAGUGUUUUCACUGCAAACAAGUGCUUCCCCUGUCCAAGUGAAGGCUGCCCACAGAUGGGUCAUUACGCUAAUAAAUUUCCUGGAAAAACAAAAGAUGUGGGCCAGACAUUUUACCUAAACACUGGUGAUGCCAGCAAUUUUGCUCGUUGGAGGUAUAAGGCGACUGUCACGCUGUCUGGAAGGAAGGUUACAGGAUACAUACUAGUGUCUUUGUUUGGAGAUAAAGGAAAUUCUAAGCAGUAUGAAAUUUUCAAGGGUACUCUUGAACCAGGCAGUACUUAUUCCAACGAAUUUGACUCCGAUGUGGAAGUUGGAGAUUUGCAGCGAGUUAAAUUUAUUUGGAACAACAAUGUGAUCAACCCAACUCUACCCAAAGUGGGAGCAUCCCAGAUCAGUGUGGAAAGAAACGAUGGAAAAGUGUUCAACUUCUGUAGCCAAGAAACUGUGAGGGAAGAUAUUCUGCUCACCCUCAACCCGUGUUAGGAGCCGCUAACCUGUGAAUACUGAAUCUUACUGCUAAUAAAAUCUAGUGAUGAAGCAAUACA